AUGGCUCUCACGCUGUUGCCUUUUCUGUACCAGACGAGGACGCUGCAACGGGCCAUCCGGACCCGGGAUGCCCUCCUGCCUUCCGCUCGGCUCGCCCACGUCCUCCGAAGGGGCCGGCAUCGCAAGCCGGACAACGCCAUCCCCUUUGUGUGGGAUCAUGCCAGCCCGUACGACGAAGCAGAGGGCGCUCCGGCCCGGGAAUCCACCAUCACGCCGUCGGAGGCAGAAAUCUUCAGGAGCAUCUUUGACGAAAUCGCCCAAGGGCGCAUGCCGUCGGCCGCGAGGAAGCAGCAGCAGCAGCAGCAGCAGCAGCAGCUCGCCGCCGCCGCCCAGGGGCCCGGCCGGGCUUCGGGAGAGGAAGCGCUUUUUGCCGGCGUGCAGAAGCCGCGGGUGGCCAGGUCCAUCGUCGAGCAGGCGCGCGUGAUGGAGUUUCGGGACAGGAUCCUGCGUCGGUACCCGCCCUCGCUGAGGAGCGCUGCCCACGUGGCGCUGGGCCUGUACGACUCGGAGCCCGGCGGCGAGAAGGGCCGGGGGGUCGUGGAGCUUGACGAGGCCAACUACUCAACGUGGGAGGAGCGAGCCCGCUACGAGCGCGCGAGGCUGCGGGAGCGCGAGCGGGUGGAUGCGCUGAUGAAGGCGUGCGCCACGGACGCUGAGCUGUGGCGCGUCAUGGACGAGGAGGUGUUUUCGCUGCCUGCGAAGCUGGGCAUCGAGCAGCGCCAGGCCGCCACGGCGGGCAGCAGGGGCCGAGGCCGGAAGGACAAAGCCGCUGCUGCUGCUGCUGCUGCUGCUGACGAGGCGGAGAAGAAGCACGCGGCGAACGGCGCAGACCCGAAGAAGAAGAAGACGACGACGACGAAGAAGACGAAGAAUGCAAAGACAUGCACUGCCGAAGCAGGAGCCAAGAAAAAGGCCGAGCAGGAGAAGCGCGAGACGAACGACGCCGCCCGGAAGAAGGUGGCUGUCGCGGAAUCGGCAGCCGACGGGGAGAAGCCCGCCAUGAACGUUCACGGGACUCUCUACUCGCACUUUAUCAACGCGGGGCUGGGGCUCUUUGACACCGCCUUUGCCCGUCCGUCCGACUACGCGUUCCAGAUCCUGCCCCGCGUCAAGGAGCUCGGGUUGCCGUCGUACGUCUUGGGGGUGUCGACGCCUUUCUACGCCCGCCUGGCCCGGAUUCACUGGAACCGGUUCGGGGACGCCAACGCGGCCCUGGACCUGUUGCGAGAGAUGAGCUCGGCCGGGCUGCACGCCGACCAGGACGUGUGCGAUUUGCUGGCCACGAUUCGCAACCAGCUGCACGGGUGCGCGUGGGGUGCGCAGGGCCCGUUUGUCAUGGGCAUGAUGGAGGCGCCGCCGUACGACGGGACCUUGACGCAUAGGCUGGCGGAGAUGGAGAAGCACGUGGUCCGGGCCAUGGACGAGAGGGCUGCCGAGAUGGAGGCGGCUGCGUAG